AUGAAUAUGAGUGAUUCAAUUGUUAGUAUUUUUGAUCUACCUGAUGAAAUAUUGCUUACUAUUUUCAAGAAACUUAAUAAUUUUGAUACUCUAUAUUCCCUAGUUGGUGUUAAUAGAAAACUUGAUAAUGUGGCAUGUGAUAUCACCAUUACUCGAGCUAUUGAUCUGAUGAUAACAUCAUCAAAUGGAGCAAACAAUUCGAAAACUAAUGCAAUAUUUGAUCGAUUUUGGAUAUACAUAUUACCUCGAAUUCAUGGCAAUGUGUAA